CGCGGAACCCAGUACGCCUCACUCAAGUGAAGCCGGUUUUGCUGUAGUUUGUAUCUGGCAACGGCGGGCAAUGUCACCCUGGUUGGAGCGUUUUCGAGAUUGACGACGUGUAAGCGGCGGUGCACGUACACGUACUGGUGUCAGGAAGGAAGGCGGUAGCUACAGAAAAAGUUUAGUAUCGACGAUAGCAGGGAAGGUGCUGCACGAAACGCAUCACGGUGAGGGGGGUUGGACCAGCAGCGUAACUCCGAGAGGGAGGAGGAACUGUCUACGGGGGAUUACGAGGAGAGCAAAGGUUGAAGGGAGUGCAGGACAGUCGAGGAUAGCGUAAGGGGAAGCCAUUCGUGGAGAAUAUUGCGUUUCCUCUCUCUCUCAGAGCAAGCCGAAAGGUUCCGACGAUGAUCAUCUGUGCGGGAAUCGUUGGUCCAGCGCUCUAUCCGAGGAGCCGCUCUGCGCUUUUCUCACAGCCUGGAUGUCAGAAUGCCAUCUGGUGGUGAUGGUGCUGCUGCUGCCGAACACGUAUACUUCUGCUUCACGACGUGAUGUGCGUUUCACUGGUCCUUGAAUCUCAUCGUCAUCGUCAUUUGUCAAUCGAUCAACCUACGGCGGUGAUUGAUCGCCUCGUGAUACCGAUCGCCCGCCCGACCGAUCGAUCGAUCGAUCGAUCGCUUGAUUGAUUGAGUCCUUGAUUCGAGUGGUGGAGGUGAUUGUUAUCCAAUCAAUCUGCUGCGGAGUUAGACACACACAGAUACAUACAUACAUAUAUACAUACAUAUAUAUAUAUGUAUGUAUAGAUGAGAUGGCGCCCGCGCAUGGUCCGUCCGAUGCGACGUCAAGAAUAUGUGUGAAGAAUAUUCCGAGGUAUUUGAGUGAAGAUCGGUUUCGCGAACAUUUUGCCACCAAAGGAACUGUCACGGAUGUUAAGAUCAUCAAAACCAGCGAUGGCAGAUCAAGGCAGUUCGGAUUCAUCGGCUACCGUACGGAGGAAGAAGCGGUGGAGGCGGCCAAGUACUUUCACCGCUCGUUCAUUGACACGUGUCGGAUUUCCUGCGAAAUUGCCCGGCAGGUGGGAGAUGCCUCCCUACCGCGGCCUUGGAGCAGACAUUCGCACGGGUCAUCGGCUUUCGAAAACGCCUACGUGAAGUCGAUUGAGUCGGGCAAAAGAGCGGAGGACGAGGGGAAGGGAGGGGGGAAGGAGAAAGGCAGCAAAGUGCAGCAUCGCCAGGAGACGGUGGAAAGCGACCCGAAGUUCCGCGAGUUCAUGGAGGUCAUGAAGCCUCGGAGGGCCAUGAAAUUGUGGGCGAAUGACACGGUCGGUGACGGAGAGGAGAUCACUCCCAGCAAAGGAAAGGAGGGUGGUGUUGGUGGUGGUGGCGGUAAUAAUAAGCAGAAGCAGAGAGUGGUUGGUGCCGAUGGUCGUCAGGAGGGUGGGGCCGCUGCCGUUGCCGCCGCGGAGGGGCUGAAGGGCAAAUUGCGCGUGAAGGAAGUUGAGGGCUUCCAGCGCAGAGUUCCCAUCGGCAAGGGGAGGAGCGGGGUGAAAUUGAGACAGAUGCACGUGCGGUUCGACGCGGAGGAGGACGAAGAAAGCGAUGGCGAAAGCGGGAGGGAGGGGGGGGCGGGGGGGGCGGGGGGGGCUGAGGGAAACGAACAUGCGGACUCCAGUGAUGACGACAGCGAGCUUUACGAAGACGUGCCGAUGGUGGAGGAGAAAUCGUCGGAAGCGCAAAGCAGGCGGCGGCGGCCGCGCGCAAAACAUGGUAGGGAGCACCGUGACGAUGCAGCAGCUGCUGCUGCUGCUUCUGAUGAUGAUGAUGAUGAGGAGGAGGAGGAGGAGGAGGGGGAGGAAGAGGAACAUGAUGAUGGAGUGGUGCAAAAUCAUGAUGUCUCGGACAUGGAUUAUUUGAAAAGCAGAGUGAAGGCAGACUGGAGCGAUGACGAUGGUGAGGCAGGUGAGGUCCAGAUUGAGGACGACGAGCGUGCAGAUCCAGUCAAGGGGGGGGGGGGAACUAGGAUCGCUGGUGGGGCAGUUGUUGUUGACGUCAAGGACGGGGUGAAGCUAGCGCACAAGGAGGACGAGGGUACAAGUAUCGGGAACGAAGGCGGUCGUUCGAGCGACGACGAUGAAAGGAGCGGUGCCAAGGAGCACCUUGCCGAUGAUGCGUCUACUUCGACCGAUGGGAAGAACAGUGAUGAUGAUGAUGAUGAUGAUGAUGAUGACGGUGAUGAUCGUGAUUACGAAGAUCGUCGUAAGGAAAGAAAAAGGGGACAAUCUGCAGCAGCAGCAGAUAGGGGGAGGGAGGAGGUCAAGGGCGGGCGUAGUGGCAUACAGAAGGGGGAAGGUGAUGAGGUCGGUACGGAGGAGAUGCAGGACGAGGUGAUGGACGACAAGCAGCAGGAGGAGGAGGUUGUGCGUGCGAAGGGCCGACAUCGGCCUGCGGAGGUGGAUGCAGAGGAGGAGGAGGGGAUCGCGGAGUCGGGGAGGCUCUUUGUGCGAAACCUACCUUACGGUGCGUCGGAAGAAGAUCUGUUGGAACUGUUCAGCGGGUUCGGAGAGAUUUCGCACGUGCAUCUGGUCAUGGACAAGCGGGAGAAGCGCAACAAGGGGUUCGCCUACGUGUUGUUCAUGCUUCCCGAGAACGCCGUCGCUGCCAAACAGCAGCUGGACGGGUCCAUAUUCCAGGGCCGUCUUCUUCACAUAUUGCCCGCCAAACGGGCCCCGGAGUCACAAGAGAAAGACGAACAAGGGGGGGGGGGGGGGGCGGGGGGAGGAAGGGAGAGGAGGGGACCGGGUUCGGCGCUCAAGCAAGAGCGGGAAGCGGCGCGGAAGGCGGCGGAAGCGAAGGGCAGGAUUCAGUCGUGGAACUCGCUGUUUAUGCGCAGUGACACGGUGGCAGAGAACAUCGUCCAGAAGUACGGAAUCACGAAGGGCGAGCUUCUGGAUGCCUCGGCGGACGAUCUUGCAGUGCGCAUGGCGCUGGGUGAGACUCAGAUCAUUGCGGUGACGAAGAAGGCGCUCCAGGCGGAGGGUGUGGAUGUGUGCGCGCUGGAGCAGCUCUCGCGCUCCGGCGACAAGAAGAAGCCGACGACCGAUCCCGCCGCCGCCGUGAAGCGGAGCAAAUCCGUCAUCCUGGUGAAGAACUUGCCUUUCUCGGCCACUCACGCGGAGAUCACCCACAUGUUCAGCCGCCACGGCGAGCUGGGGCGCGUGGUUCUGCCGCCGACGAGGACGCUCGCGCUCGUCGAGUUCUCCGUCGCCGCCGAUGCGCAAAACGCCUUCAAAGCGCUGGCUUACAAGCGGUUCAAGCACGUCCCGCUUUACCUGGAGUGGGCCCCAGAAGGCGUGCUGCGGAAGGAUGCGGCGACUCCGCCGGCGCCGGCGGCGGGGAAGAUGAUCUCCAAGGGCAUGAUGGAUGCCAAACACCUCCACGCGGAGGAACUUGCGGGCGUGGACGCUGACGAGGAUGCGGCUGGCGAUGGCGCCAAGGGCUGCUCGUUAUUUGUCAAGAAUCUCAACUUCUCCACGACGGAGUCUGUCCUUCGGCAGUUCUUCUUGGAUAGGACGACUCCGAAGAGCAAGCUGAGACGCGUGACCAUCAAGACGAAGAAGGCGAAGAAUGGCGCGCAGUUGUCCAUGGGAUUCGGAUUUGUGGAGUUCGAUUCCGUGGAGUCCGCGCAAGCGGCUGUCAAACAGCUGCAAGGAAGCAUGCUGGAUGGGCAUGCUCUCAUGCUGCAGCUUAGCCAGGACACGAGGAAGGGGGGAGCGCAAGGCCGCGAAGAGCAGCGGAAAGGAGGAGGAGGAGGAGGAGGAGGAGCAGAGUUGAAGAAGGAAAAGAGCGACUCCACUCUCAGUUCGACCAAGGUCAUUGUCAGGAACGUGGCGUUUGAAGCCACGUCGAAGGACCUCAGACAGCUUUUCGCGCCGUUUGGACAGGUGAAGAGCUUGCGGCUGCCGAAGAAGUUCGACGGAUCGCAUCGAGGAUUCGCAUUUGUGGAGUUUACGACGAAGCAGGAGGCGCAGAAUGCGUAUGAAGCGCUGCGGCACAGCCAUCUCUACGGCCGCCAUCUGGUCCUGGAGAGGGCGAAGGAAGGGGAGGGUCUGGAGGAGCUUCGCGCAAGGACGGCUGCGCAGUUCAUCGGAGAGAGUGGCAUUGCUCCGGGUAGUCAUUUGAGGAAGCGUGCGAAGCUGAGUCAUCAUAACAAUCCCUUAUACCUCCAACAUUUCACAGACGGCGAUGACGAGCUCAAGUUUCACUACAUAGUCCACUCCGCUUUGGACGUCAUUGAGGAGAAAGUGAGUGUGCCAAAGAGAGGCUCAUCAGGGCUUAAUGAGACAUUCCUUGGCCUUCUUUACCCUACUGAAGACUACAAAGUGUAUGGAUAUAUGAGCAACACGAAAGCGAAAUUCGUCCUGGUUGUGGAUGAUGCGGACGUCAGAGAUUCAGACAUCCGGAAUUUCUUCCAGCGGUUCCAUGCGGCCUAUGUGGAUGCUGCCUCCAACCCCUUCCAUGUGCCGGGGAAGCGGAUCGUCUCUCCUUCAUUUGGUCAGCAGGUCAGCACACUUGUGAAGUCUUUUGGGGCGAACGCUCUAUCCUGAGAAAGGCGGGCUAAGGUGGGCUGAUUUUUUUUGCAUGAGAGAUUUUGCCUGUGUGCCUCUUUCUUGUGUGUUGUUUAGGUUGUGUUGUUAGCUCUGCUGAGAAAUCUUCUCCGAGUCGCCGAAAUUUGAUAGUUGGAAUCCUCCAGCAGCAGUUGUUGUGAAAAUUGGAAAUCGCAAAUCGUUCUUUGUUGUAUAUCGGAAGAGCUUGCAUGCUGCAGGUCUGAAAUCUACGUCGUCAUUGCGAAUUCUCCGAGUCGCCGAAUUGUAGUAAUAACAUUUUCUGAGAAGAGGUCAUUCUGAUGGCUGCGCUUUUCUGAUGCAACAGUCUCCAGAUGUCUUCCUCAUCAUUCUCCAUGUUCUCAGAUUCUCUGGGCGAAGCCUGUGUGUGAGAGCGUGGGUGUGGGUGGGUAUGCCUGUGAGUGUAAUGCUGUGAGUUCCGUCUCUGGACUUGGAUCUCCUGGUUCUUGCUAAAGUAAAGGCAUUGGGAGUCCAUCCAUCAUUACAUACUUUUAUCAGCUGCGGACGACUGUCUUGCCCGCGAGUCCUCGGUUCUGUUGUACUCGUGGCCCUACCAUCUGUGCAUCUGGGCAGCCUUGUUUUUUUGCUCUGGGUUUAAAGUCUUUUUCACCCCCGACAAAGGCUACCACGUAUGGAUUUUGCCGGCGUUGCACGGUGCCAUCCAUCGGAUGGAAAUAUGUGGAGCGUUUGUUUGAUGUAAAAUUUAAAAUUUAAAAUUUUUCCUUUCGUUGGGGGGAGGACUUCAUCUCAGUCAUGCAAUUUCCGUUCGUUUGAUGCGUCCGAUGUCAAAAAGGGACAAAAGUAAGAAACAAAAUGAACAGUCUUUUGCCCG